AUGGAGCAAGCUGCGGCUCUCAUUGAUACGGCUCCUGGAAAACAAGGAUACAUCGUGAACUUCUUCGUGGAAGAACCGAAGCCUUUCCCGUUUGGACUCAGGGCGCGAUUGACUAGUCAAGGUGAUGCUGAUUUCAUGGUAUAUUCUGGAAAACAAAGCUGCUUCGGACGGGAUGACUCGCUCAACGUCUCUUACACAAAUACCAUCAGAGGAGGUCAUUGCUUCAACCUGAAUUUCACCGAGCCAUUCCUCGGUUGUCAGAAGUAUUCGAGUUUCACGACAUCCUUGUAUCGUUCGAUGGCGUACUUGCCGUGGGAUCAAUCGAAUUUGAAUGACAAUGCAUUUAGUCGGCAA